GCAUGACGAGUCAAUGAACUCGCUACCGACGCCGCUCAGUCCGACGCAUUCGAUUGCUUCCACCUCGUUCGAUGAACAUCACAAUAAUUCGAUCGAUGCGAUGCGUUUCCAGACACAGCAACAACAACAACAGCUACAACAACCACCACAACAACAGCAGCCACAACAACAAAUGGUUGGCGGCAAUGCUGCAUUGGGAGGAAUGGGUAUGGGGGUAAGCGCUGAUUUAGGUGUUGGCGCGCCAGUAGGUAUGCUGCCAGAUGCAAAUGCAGCGGCUGACACCACACCACCAGCACUAAAUAACAUCCACGGCACACAUUUGACUAACAACGAUUACACGGCAACGGAUGCCUGCGCAGAUGGCGCUCAGUCAGCGCCGGUCUUACAUUCAAUGCCCAGCGCCGACUUGCCGCUUGCGGUGCCAAUUUACAACAGCGUAGCACCCGAUACAAGCAUUCAAAGCUUUGUAACAACUCAAUCACAGCUGCCACAGUCUUUACCCGAUAGUGGCACGUUAUUUCCUCACUUGACGCCAACCCUACCAACAGUAAGUACCGCGACUGGUGGUAUAGGCAAUAUGAGUGCCACUAACUACCUGCAACUAACGCUCAGUCAGCACCAUCAGCUUGCCCAGCUGCAGAUGAAUAGCAAUGGCAUAAUGCAGCUACCUCCGCUACCGCCGCUGCCGUCUUACAACACAGCCGCUCAGUCGCCGUUGCCACCGCCAUCGCUGCUGCCGCCCACUAGCGCCAUUAGCACUUCGCCACAACCCUCUGCAUUGCUACCGCUCAUAAUGCCGCCAACUUCCAUUACAGCGCUAAGCCAGCAGCAACAACAACAGCUGCAGCAGCCACAACUAUCGCCGCUAAUGCAGUCAUCGAUUAUGUCGCCGCAGCAAAGCAGUAACCAUGCACCCACAGCUGCCAUGCAGUCGCCACGUGCCAGCACACCUACUUUGCACUCGCCGCAAACGAUGGGCUCCUACUCGCAGUCACAGUCGCCGGCAGCGCAUCAGUUUGGUGCGCUCUCGCCAAUGAGUCAAUAUGGCACGCCUCAGCCAUUGGCGCCGCCGCCCUUGAACAUACACGCCGUUCAAGAGGCGAAGGAGAAGCUGAAGCAAGAGAAAAAGGAGAAGCAUGCAACGAAGAAGCUCAUAAAAGAGUUGGCUAUCUGCAAGACAUUGCUAGGGGAAAUGGAGCUGCACGAAGAUUCGUGGCCAUUUUUAUUGCCAGUAAAUACUAAACAGUUUCCGACUUACCGUAAGAUUAUUAAAAAUCCCAUGGAUUUGUCAACAAUCAAGAAACGUAUACAGGACUUAACCUAUAAAAGUCGUGAAGACUUUUGCGUCGAUGUGCGCCAAAUAUUCGAUAAUUGUGAAAUGUUCAAUGAGGAUGAUUCGCCGGUCGGCAAAGCGGGUCAUGGAAUGCGCAAAUUUUUCGAAUUACGCUGGACUGAGUUGACUGAUAAGCACUCAUGAUAUCAAAUGCAUCACCACCUCAAGUAUUCUAGUGAUUAAGAGAAGCAAAAAAAAAAAAAAAACAGAAAUAAAAGCAAAAUGGGAAGCAGAACCAAUUAAUUAAAUAGAAAUAAAAAUAAAAUGUUGCAACAGUGAAAUUCCAAUUUAGUUGAGAAAAAGGAGAUUAAGAAAACAGGAAAAUGGAGAAAGCAAGCAAAAACAAAAAAAAAAAAAAAUCAGUCAUUUUUAAAUAUUCAGCAAAAAUUAUUGCAAAUUAGAGUUCUUAUUAGAAAAAAAGUCAAAAGUUUUAAGCAAAAAAAAAAUAAUAAUAAAGAAAUAAGACAUUUUCGGCACUCCCAAAAACCUAAAGAAAAAAAAUAUAACUCUGGCUAAGCACACAUACAUAUUAUUGUCUAGAAGCAUGAAGUGAAAAAUCGAAGACAUUGCAGGCAUUGCAGUCCGAGUCACAACACAAUAAUGAAGCAGAUGCUAAAGAAAACAACUAUCAGUAAUGUGGUAUUUAUAAAUAUAUACAACCUUACAUACAUACAUAUACUUAUACAUACAUACAUAGUUGAUUAGGUAAGCAAAGUUGAUAAUAACUAAUGUAUUAUUUUCAAAAAUGCAAAAAGAAAAAAAUUGUAACGAAAUAUAUCAGCAAUCAUGUAAAAGGCUAAAAAUAAUUGCAUAAAUUUGCGCAGAGAUGUGUAAAACAUAAAACUUAAUGCAAAGAGAGAAAAAAAUCAUAAUAAUGAAACAAAAAAGUAUUUUAAAUUUUCUUGUAGGCAAAUGCUAGUGUAGAUAGUUGUGGCAGUGUGGGCCAAAAGUGUAAGAAAUAUUUUUUUUUUAAUUAUUGAGUUUUUAACCACGAAAAUGUGUUGUUAAACGAGUACUGUUAAGUAUGUUGAGCUUGAGCUUACUUUUGAAAUUAAUUUUUAUUAAAAGAAAAAGUUAUUUAUUAUAUUGAGGCAACUGCGCUUUGAAUAGUCGGAUUUUCAACUUUGCUAUAGAACAUAUUUGCCGAUGUUAUUUAUUUUUUUUUUUUUUUUGUAGCAGAGGGUUCAAACCUUUGUCUUCUCGUAUUAAUUCCAUUAGUCGCUUUUCUCCUCAUUUUUUCUAAAUAACAUACUCAAAUUUGGGAUCCACACUGUAUGUAGUUUGUAAAAUGUAUACUUAUAAUUUUCUUACCACUCAGUUAUUUGUUUGAAAAUACGCCAAACCGUGAUGGAAAACUCGGUGCAUACGCUCACACAUAAUCGCGCACACAAGCUUUGGCACAAACAACAGCUGUUUAGGUUUUGAAAAUCAACUACCAGCAUAAAUGCUCCAAAUGUAUUGCAUACUUUUCAAUAGUUUAGAAUAGUUUGUACUUCUAAAUGCCAAUAAGUUAAUAGUCUGGCUUACACAUACAUACAUAAUAUCACCAACACACCCAUGCUAUCACAAACACACAAAUGCUGCUCACAAACGCGCCGCUCGAGAGAGCAGAUCGAUUUGUGGGCAAACAAAAAUAUUGUAUAUAGAAAAAAAUCAAUUUUAAUAAUUAUGAAAAAUUAAGCUUGUAUUGAACUUAAAGAAAUGCACUCAUAUACACAUUCAUGCAUACAUACAUACAUAUAAGUACAUAUAAAUUGCAUGUAUACAAUAUACACCCAACGAAAUGAUAAAUUAUAGUUGCGUGAAAACCAUACAUACAUACAUACAUAAAUAUCUAAUAUACAUAUAUAUAUAUAUAUAUAUACUUAUAUACAUACGUAUUAAAAGCAAAUCGUUUUAGUUGACAUUAGUAGCGAAUAACUUUAAGCGAAUAUGAUGAAAAGCAAAAAAAUUUCAAAAAAAAACCUUAUAUUAAUAAUAAUAAGUAAAUAUUUAACAUUAAUAAAGUGAAAAAUUGUAGAAACGAAAUUUAAUUUAAUUAAAAACUAAAAGUAUUUUCCAACUGCGCAACUGCACUGAAUAAUAUGAAAUGGCAAAAAAGUGAACAAAUAGAUUAAAGAUUAUUUAACCAAUUAUAAAAACACAAAACACUACAUUUGAUGAGUAUUUUUUAAAGUUAAUAUUAAAUUUAAUUAUUUUACGAUAACAAGGUAUAUAUUUUAGUGCAACUUUGACACGGACAAGGAAACUGGCACUGUUAGGGCAAACAAAGACAAAAAAACCCAAACAAAAUAUAUGUAAAAAUUAAUUAAAAA